AUGCAGAAUUCCCCACCGCUUAAGGUCGCGAAGCGCAGGGCUAGGCCCGUGAAAGCAGCGCAGCUGAGCACAGCUUCUUCCCCUUUGGCACCGGCCACAACGGGGACGACGCCCGAUCAGCCACCACGCCGAGCUUCAGUCAAUGUUCCUUCUUGGAAUCAAUUCGCCGGCCCUGGUUGGACCCCAGCUUCUGAGAGGCCUGAUGAAUCUGAGGUGGACACCCCGUCGAAGAAAAGCGUCCCCAGAAACAGAUCAACAUCUGCGAUGUCGUUGAAAUCGGCAAAACCUCCCCACAUCGAGGAACCUGACAACCUUGGCAACGUCACUCGGGCUAAGCCAUCUUUGCACAGUUCUUACACUUCCCCAAGCCUAACCUCUGACAUUGAAAGACGAAAUCAACGGCCUGUCGUACAGGAUCGAAGUGCAAGCGAGCAACCUUCAACGCCAGCAAAGAAGCUUAGCGGGCCCCAAAUCGACCGCAAACUUGAGUUCAUGAUCAAGGCCGGCCCUAAGGCAAAGUCUGCGGGCUUCCUCUAUGUACAGGUCACCCAGCCACGCGAGAUCAAACAACGUCUACUCAAAAUCGGCGUCACCAAAUUCCUUCCAGAAAAGCGUGGCAAAGACAUUCAGUACCAGUGCAAACACCCAGAGUUUUUUGAACAUGAAGAUGCACCAGCAGUGAAAUUCUCCUGGAACGGCUUUGCCGAAAAGCUGGUCCACGCCGAGUUGACCAACUUUUGUCGAUCAUGGGCCUGCGGCUGCGGAAAGAAGCACAGAGAAUAUUUCGAAAGCUUCUCAUACCUAAACGACACUCGGGUUCUCUGGAAUCAUAUCUACCCCAAUCGUUGGCAUUUUGCUGCCGUGGCGGAGGCACUUACAAUGGUUUUCAUAUGGCCAACUUCUUUCUGGACAUCAAUGUGGUGGAAGGUGGUUCUCGUUCUAGCUAUGCUGGAGCUAUUUUGCCUGGACGGCAUGUACAUGAAGGAGUCUUUUUCCAGCCUUCUGAGUGGAAGUCUUCAACGCGUCAAACUUUGGUCGCUAUCGGACUUGCCAGAGCAUGGGCCAGACCUAGAAGCCAAAGAUCCCUCGCCAGCCGUCUCUUCUGAGCAGCAAGCUCAAAAUGGGCUUCAUGAAGAUGCAGACACAGAGAUGAUGGAGGAUGUUCCCAAUGGCGAGGAUGACGACAUUGUUGAUGGAGAGUGGGAUGAGUCUGAUAACAGCAGUGACGAUGAUUAG